CCGUUUAAAAAACAAAUCUUAAUAAACUCACAUGGUUGAAGCUGUUGCUGAUAUUGGUCUUAUCGGUUUGGCCGUUAUGGGUCAAAACCUUAUCUUGAACAUAAAUGAUCACGGUUAUACCGUUUGUGCUUACAACCGUACUACAUCCAAGGUUGACGACUUCUUGAAUAACGAAGCCAAGGGAACCAAGGUUGUUGGUGCUCAUUCUGUUGAAGAGCUCUGUGCCAAAUUGAAGCGUCCCAGAAAGGUCAUCCUCCUUGUCAAGGCUGGUUCUGCUGUUGAUGCCUUUAUUGAUCAAUUACUUCCUCACAUGGAAGAAGGCGAUAUCAUCAUUGAUGGUGGUAACUCUCACUUCCCUGACUCCAUCCGUCGUGCCAAGGAGUUGGAGGCCAAGGGUAUCCUCUUUGUCGGUUCCGGUGUCUCUGGUGGUGAAGAAGGUGCUCGUUAUGGUCCCUCUUUGAUGCCUGGUGGUAACCCCAAGGCUUGGGAACACAUCAAGCCUAUCUUCCAAGAUGUCGCUGCCAAAGCCCCUGAUGGUGCUCCUUGCUGUGAAUGGGUUGGUGAAUCUGGUGCUGGUCACUAUGUCAAGAUGGUCCACAACGGUAUUGAAUAUGGUGACAUGCAAUUGAUCUCCGAAGUCUAUCAAAUCAUGAAGGAAGGUCUCGGUUUAACUCACGAUGAAAUGGCCGAUGUUUUUGAAGAAUGGAACAAGGGUGAAUUGGAUUCCUUCUUGAUCGAAAUCACACGUGAUAUCCUCAGAUACAAGGAUACCGAUGGUAAGCCUCUUGUUGAAAAGAUUAGAGAUACUGCUGGUCAAAAGGGUACUGGUAAGUGGACCGGUAUCGACUCCCUUGACCGUGGUAUUCCCGUCACCUUGAUCGGUGAAGCUGUCUACGCUCGUUGUCUUUCUUCCCUCAAGGACGAGCGUACUCGCGCCUCCAAGAUCCUUGCUGGCCCUCCCAAGAAGCCCUUCACCGGUGACAAGAAGAAGUUCAUUGCUGCCCUUGGUCAAGCCCUCUAUGCUUCCAAGAUUGUCUCAUAUGCUCAAGGUUUCAUGCUCAUGCGUCAAGCCGGUGCUGACUACAACUGGAACUUGAACUUUGCCGGUAUUGCCUUGAUGUGGCGUGGUGGCUGUAUCAUCCGUUCCGUCUUCUUGGGUAAGAUCAAGGAUGCCUACACCAACAACCCUGAACUCGAAAACUUGCUCUUCGACCCCUUCUUCCAAAAGGCUACUGCUGAUGCUCAAGACGCUUGGAGAGAAGUCAUCGCCCAAGCUGUUACCAUGGGUAUUCCUACUCCUGCUCUUUCUACCGCCUUAAACUUCUAUGACGGUCUUCGUCACGAAAUCCUUCCUGCUAACCUUCUUCAAGCUCAACGUGAUUACUUUGGUGCCCACACUUAUGAACUCUUGGAUGCCCCUGGCAAGUUCGUCCACACCAACUGGACCGGUAAGGGUGGUAAUGUCUCUGCUUCUAACUACAUUGCAUAAAUUGAUCCCCGUUCAUCUUUUGUAUUUUUAUAAUUCAUUGUUAUAACCAUUAAAAAUAAACAGUUAUUUUUGUUGAAGAAGCUAUGCACACA